UACAACUUUAUAAAGGUGAUGCGAGGUAGGAUCUCAGUUCAUCUGCUCAGUCAGUCUCCAAGGUUCAGCACCAUGUCAAAACGAAGUGAUUACAGCAGCAAGACCUCAGAACCCAGAGAAACAAAGCCCAAAAUGAGCGUGGCCACCCCAAAGCUCGACUCAAAGGGGAAAACCGCGGAGAAGAAAAUCUUGGUUGACCUCAACGACAAGUUUGUCCAGUUGAUCGACAAGGUGAAGGAACUGGAGGAUGAGAAAAUGAAACUGGAGAAGAAGCUGGAAAUCCUGAAGGGUCAGGAGGACUACAGCGGGAACGUGGACGCCAUCGUCAGGCAGGUGGAGAACAAACUGCAGGAGAAGAUUGACAACCUGAAGAACGACCAGGAAAAACUGAAGAAUGAGCUUGAAGACAUCUCGAAGGAGGUGGAUGACACCAAGAAGAUCUAUGAGGAUGUACUAGAACAGAGAACUGAGCUGGAGACUGAGUUUGUUGUUGCCAAAAAGAACGUAGAUGAAGGACAUCUGGAUUUGGUAAACAAGGUUCUGGAUCUGGAGGAUCUGAACAGAAAACUGGAGUUCCUCAGGGAUGGCUACGACGAGGAGAUCAAGGAGCUGCAGUCGAUGAUCAAGAACGAAACAGUCACCCUUCCCAAGUCCGCCAAACGGUCUCUGGACAUGGAUGACUACGUCAAGACCGUAGAGGCGCAGUACGCCACAUAUGCCACUCGCGCCAGGGAUGAGGCGGAGCACUGGAACCAGAGAAAGAUUGAGUCCUUGGAGCAAAGUUCACAGCAGAAGGAGCAGGAAGUCCGUGACCAAAAGAGGGACAUCUCUGACCUCUUGCGCCAAAUCCAGAGGCUGACUGCUGAAUUGGACAGUCUGAAAAGAAAGGAAGAGUCCUUGAAAAACGACAUUGACAAAGCAAGAACAGAUGGCGACGAGAACAUGGAGGCGGCCAGAAAUACCAUUAAGAAGCUAGAGGAGGCCUUGAAGGCAAACAAGCAGGAGUUGGCCAACCAGAUCCGCGAAUACCAGAACCUGCUGAACAUCAAACUGGCUCUGGACAUCGAGAUUGCCACCUACCGUGGGCUGCUAGAGGGCGAGGAGCAGAGAAUGAACAACUUUCAACGUUCAGACGUUCACCCAGAGAGGAAACACCCGCAAGAGAAAAACCACCUGCCCGAAAGAAGUCACCUGCGAGACAAACGAGGGAAACCUCCAACAGUCGAGUCCAGCAUCGUCCCGAAACCGGACGAGACCCCAAACCCCGCGAGUACACAGGAAUCUCCCACCCCCUCCAAAAAGCGUGUGCUGAUCCGGGUGGAGGUGAAAUAUGGAAAGCUUAUCUCCGAAAGCACCCAGUACACUGACUGAUUUUUUUUCUGGGACUUCCUGCAGCCAAAUCCGCAAAAUGUGAACAAAUUAUUUCCAAAAUGAAGCUAUAAUGAACCAUUUAAACCUCCUGAUGAAAUUAAAAGUAGUACUCUCUCUUGCAUGUUUUCUGGCAGUGAACGUCUGACUGCAGCUUGGUGGCAGGUUGAAUGUGUGCUUGAACUGGUUUACGUCAAGCCGUGUGUUUUGGAAAGGUUUUUUUUUCUUAUCUUUUGUUGGGAUGUGCAAUGCCUUUGGGGCUUCAGUGUUUCCUUUCAUCCUUUCAUGGAGAACCAUGUGUUAUUUCCUUCAGACAGUGAUGACCCGAGCCCUGAGAUUUUGUCUUUGUGACGCAAAAAAACCUUCUAGUGUAAAGGUUUGUUUUUAUUUCAGGAUAAAUGGCUUUAUGGGUCCGAGCAUACGGGAUUGUUUCCGUUUGCUUGAUUCCCAUCUUACCAGUAUGAGUCAGAAAUUGCAGAUAAAAACAAUAAGGAAAGGUUCUCAGACUGGUACUUAAAAGUUCAACAAUAUAUUUAUAUAUAUAUAUAUAUAUUGCUCUGGUUUUGGUACAUUGUCCUACAGCAUUGCAAUGCUGCAACUUUGAACUACUCUGUUGGCUCUUGUGCUCACGUGAGUCUCAAAUCUUUCAAAUGAAUCUAAAGUUAUCAGAUUUCAGGGUUUUGUGCUAAUAAAUUAACCUCCACAAAU